AUGCACACGGUUCCGCAGUUGAAGGAUAAAUCCCUUUUUAUUGGGAAAUGCUAUGUCAAUGGAGAAUGGGUUGAUGCAAAGUCUGGAGAGACCUUUGAGGUCAACGACCCCUCUACAGGCAAGCUCAUUGGUACUUGCCCAGAGUUUUCACCUGCAGAUACACAAAAAGCGAUUGAUGCGGCCGUUGCUGCCUCUCCGUCCUUCCGAAAAACCACUGCCCGUGAGCGGGCGCGUAUGCUCCGACGAUGGUACCAAUUGAUGAUGGAUAAUGCAGAGGAUCUGGCAACGCUUAUUACCUGGGAGAAUGGCAAACCAAUGGCUGAUGCAAAGGGGGAGGUCAACUACGCGGCAAGCUUCUUCGAGUGGUUCAGUGAAGAGGCCCCCAGGGUAUAUGGUGAUACUAUUCCAGCCACUGUCCCUGGAAACCGAAUUAUGACAAUCAAAGAGCCCGUUGGUGUAUGCGGGUUUAUUACCCCCUGGAACUUCCCGGCAGCUAUGAUUACGAGGAAGAUCGCCCCAGCGCUAGCUGCAGGAUGCACCGUGGUUGCGAAAUCUCCAGGAGAGACACCAUUCACAGCAAAUGCCAUUGCUGAACUGGCUACACGUGCGGGAAUUCCAAAGGGCGUGGUGAACAUAGUCACCGCAUUGAAAAAUACCCCAGAGAUUGGUCUAUGCCUUACAACCGCUCCGGAGAUCCGUAAAGUGUCUUUCACUGGUUCAACUGGAGUGGGUAAACUGCUUAUGCAGCAAUCUGCUUCAACUAUGAAGAAGCUAUCCUUUGAGCUGGGAGGAAAUGCUCCAUUCAUCGUAUUCGAUGAUGUUUCCAGCGUAGACGCCGCAGUGGCAGGUGCCAUUGCAUCUAAAUUCCGCAGUUCCGGUCAAACUUGCGUGUGCGCUAACCGUAUAUAUGUCCAAAAAGGCGUCUACGAUGAAUUCACUGCUAAAUUCUCAGAGAAGGUCAAGGGGUUCAGCCUUGGUCAUGGCUUUAACGAAGGAGUUACACAUGGACCUGUCAUACACUCCCGCGCUGUUGAUAAGGUACAUGAACAUGUCCGUGACGCAGAGGCCAAGGGUGGCAAGGUAGUAAUUGGUGGACAAAAAGCUCCUGAUCUUGGAUCGAACUUCUUCUUUCCUACCGUCAUCACUGAUAUGACGAAGGAUAUGCGAAUGGCAUCUGAAGAAACCUUCGGCCCGGUAGCUGGUAUCUAUCCUUUCGAGACGGAGAAGGAGGUGGUGGAGCUUGCCAAUAAGGCCGAAGUUGGCCUUGCUGGUUACUUCUACAGCAAGGAUGUACAUCGAAUUUUCCGUGUUGCUGAGGGGCUGGAAGUCGGUAUGGUUGGGGUUAACACUGGUAUCAUCAGUGAUACUGCUGCUCCAUUCGGUGGCGUAAAGCAGAGUGGAUUUGGCCGUGAAGGAAGCAAGUAUGGUAUCGAUGAAUUCCUUACUAUCAAGACAGUUACAUUUGGGGGCAUGGGAGAGGAUCUCCAGGGUUGA